GCUCUGCUGCACGCUCACGCUGCUCAGUGUGCUCGUACGACCGCGGUUAGACUUCUGAGUUCUGACUUCCUAGUUCUACGGAAUACGGAUACUUAGCGCAGAAUUGACAUUAUAAUAUAUCGUUCGUAGUGCUCAGAAAGUUAAACAUUAUGAUUUAGUGUGUGUACCGUGUACGACGAGUGUGUCCGGUUUACGUACCUACUAUCGCCGUCCGUAUCACGAGCGCUGACGGCGAUGGCCGACAUAGCCGCCGGUUGUCGACGUCGCAGCCGACAAGACAUCGACCGCCGCGGAGGAUUCGGCGGUACCGGACAUGGUAGCCCGCCUGACGCAGAUCGCAGCAGAAGAUUCGGCGGUAACGGAUGUGGCAGCCCGCGAGACGCCGGCCGCCGUAGACGGAUUGGUGGUGGCGAUGCCGACCGCCACGAUUCUUCGUCUUCGAAUCACGACGUCCGUUCACAUAGUGAACAUGACAAUUUUACUUCAAGGCCUAACAUUAUUCAAAGAGGACGAAGUAACCCAUAUCGUCUAAAUUAUAAUCAAAAAGUUUCAUUCAAAGCGUACAAUCAUGGAUUUAAAACUAUUUUUAAGAAAUGGAAUAGUAAAAGCAACUUGGCUCAAAAUAAAUUUGAUGGUAGACUUUCAAAACAUAAUAGACCAUUCAAAAAUGAUUUUUAUCAAAGGAAUCAUAAUCAUGGUGGUUUUGGCAAUUUCAAAAAUUCAUUAUGUGCCGUGAAAAAAAGUAUAACUGGUUGGUACUCAAUUACUGUGACAAACGCUGAAGAAUUUGAUGAAGUAUUGAAUAAAAUAAAAAUAAAAAUCUCACCGUUAUUAUUUUAUCCAUACAAUAACCAAUACUCUGAUAAUCAAUUAAGAUUUCUUGUUGAUGAUUAUAAAGUUGCUUUAGCAUUGCAUAAUACAAACUAUAAGAUAACACUAAGAGAUGAUAGAAAAUUAAUUAUUAAGGUUAUUCCAUAUUUACCUAAGAGAAGGUUAAUAUCAUUUACACCAGUAUCCAAUGAAGUAAGAGAAAAAAUGAUUGACGCUGUGGCUACUUGUUACAACCCUAGUAUCAAGACUUUGGAUUUAUCACAAUUUCAUACUUGUUCAUUAUUUACCAAUAAUCAAUUGUUUGUACCUUUAAAUCAACCAGCAAUUCUUUUGGCAGCACUUAAUAUAGCUGCUCAACAUACUAAACAUGAUUUAUAUAGUUUAAGUCUGGCCAACAAUCAUAUAUAUUUAGGUGAAGGGAUUACAUGGAUACGUAGAUUGUUCCCUGAUCUCAAAGUAUUGGACUUGGGUGCUAAUAAAUUGUCUGAUUUAAACGAACUAAAGAGUCUCAUGGGUUAUACUAUUGAAGUGCUCAUAUUGUCUAGAAAUCCAUUAUGUGAUUCAACGAAUAAAGAGUGUUAUAAACGGGAUGUACAAAAAUUAUUUCCUAUGUUAACCAAGUUGGAUAACUUAAAUUUGCCUUCUUUGGCUAUUGUGGAUUCCAAGUUGAAAAUGCCAAUCAACUUAGGAAAUAGUUACCCAACACAACAGUGCUCUAACUUAGUACAAUCAAAUCCAGUAAUGACUUUAGUAGAAUUAUUCCUAGCAAAAUACUAUGAACAGUUUGACAACAAGGUAUCCAGACAAACAGUAUUGGAAGCUUACCAUGAAAAUGCCACAUUUUCAUUAUCUAGUUACUUACUAAAAUCGUGUAACCCUAGUAGUCUAGCAGCUUAUAUGCCUGAAAAUCGAAAUUUAUUGAUAUCCAAUCAAAACAAAAAUAUGAAUUAUUUUAUACACAAAGGCAAAGAAAACAUAAUAAACAUUUUAGAAAAGUUACCCAAAACCAAACAUGACUUUGGAUCAUUUAUUAUUGAUGUACCAUUUGCAAGUUCUACAAUAAUCCAGGUAGUGGUGAAUGGUGUGUUUGCUGAAGAAUUUAAUGAAAAUCACAAUUGUCAAGUAUAUAGAUCGUUUUGUCGGACAUUCAGUUUAGUGCCUGCUAAUAAUAGUUGGAUUAUAUUAAGUGAUAUGAUGUUUAUAACAUCAGUAUCCUCUGAGUUAAUAAAAGAAUCUGCGAAACGGUUCUAUGUUUUCAAGCCAUCAAUAACAAAUUAUACAUCUAAUAGCAACAGUUUUAAAACAACAAUGCUUAUAGAGGAUACAUUGCCUGAUGUAUUGUCAACAUUAUGUUUCAAGACAACCAUACCCAACUGUCCAUCAUUAAAAUAUCAAAAAAACUCACUUUCAUCUGAACAACUGUCUCCAUUAUCACCUACUAGGAGUCCACAGCAAACAUCUACUUUUCAAGAAUCUGUUAUACAGCAUUUACAAUCAUCACACCAGCAGCAGCUUAACCCUGCAACACAAUUAACUACAGCAACAUUGGGUAUAUUAUCCAACUCUCUACAGUUAAAUUCUAUGUCUAGCGCUAAAUUAUCAUUAACUGAACCCAAUUCAAAACCAAUAGAACCAGCGUUCUCCAAAACAUCAACUGAAAAUUUUUUAAAUUCUUCCAAUAAUCUUAACGGAAAUUCUAAUAAUGAAUUGUUAAUGAUUAAGAGAUUUUCAAAUGAGUCUGGAAUGAAUGAUAAAUGGUCAAAAAAGUGUUUAGUUGAAAAUAAUUGGGAUUUUGGCAAAGCAACAUUGUGUUUUUCAAAACUAAAAUCUAUAAUUCCUCCAAUAGCAUAUAAACAUUAA